AGUUACAUCAUUUGAACAUUUUUCUGAACAGAGCCUACAACUAAAAUCCGAUAAUCCGUUUACCGUAAGUUUGUCGUGCUACGAUUUGGAGAAUUUUCUCUCCUGUAUUCUUUGUUGGAUGACUCUCCAAGUAAGUUAAAAACAAAACCUAGAAAAUGCACCAAAUGAAGUUUGAGGACAAGAGGAAGGCGCUAGAGGAAUUGGGGGUGUCGUUUGCCAAACCCAAGCACCCAGAGUUUUCCCUCGUGGCGAAGCGGUACGGGAGUUUCUCCGAAUGGAGAUACCACCAGUCCCCAGAUAGCUUGGCUAGAGCCGGAUUCUACUAUACAGGUCCAGAUGACAGAGUGAAGUGCUUCUUCUGCGGAAAUAUUCUAGGACAUUGGGAGAAAGACGACGACCCUUGGAAGGAGCAUGCGCAAUGGUUCCCAGACUGCCCAUUCCUCGUCCAGUGUAUGGGCAAAGGUUUCGUGUCUGAAAUUCAACAAAUCGUAGCACAGCAAAAGUCGGAACAGGAUCCAAGGCACAAGAUAGACACACCCAAUUACCAACAAUACAAGGAACAAAGGGGCGUGGUCACGUCUCCGAGUUCUCCCGAAUGUUCUCUGCAAAGUACGGUCGCCAUUAAAUGUAUACAGAUGGGGUACCCGGAACUUACCGUCAGAAAAGCCAUCAACAUAUGGCAAACUCGGCAUGGUUCUAGAUCGUUCUCUUUAACGGACCUUGUAAAUGUGAUUCUAGAUUUACGGACGAGUGACUCGGGAUACAAUUCUGUAGAGGAUUUGAGUAACGAGGAAAAUUUAAAUGUUGGGGAUAGUAGCGAAAGUAGAUCUGAAAGUGUAACAAACAGCGAGAAUUUUGUUGUAAAGGAAGAGAAAGUGGAAAAUAUUGACAGGACUAGCGUUGAGUCAGAAGAACUUCAGGAAAAUAAACAUAUAUCGGCUGAAAAUGCUGAAUGCAGCAACGACGCGACUAAGAAUCAUAUAGAAAACGAAAAGGAUUCCGGUUAUGAUUCCGAUAGUGAUGAUGAAAGUGAGAGUAUUUCGGACACUGAAAUACUUCAGGCUGAAAAUGCAGAACUUAGAGAAAGACUUUUCUGUAGAGUUUGUAAGGACAAUACCGUAAGUGUUAUUUUUCUGCCGUGUGCACACAUGUGCACGUGUGCACAGUGCUACCCAGCCAUGAAAGAGUGUCCGAUAUGCACGUCACGAGUAAAAGCUGUUGUGAAAGCGUUUUUAGUUUAAUGUAGUGACUUUUUCACGUGUAAAAUAAUGCAAUGCAAUGUGAAUGUCUAA